AUGUCUCACACUCUCGCAGCAACGGCGCAUGCUACACCCGCAGCUCAUUGGCUUACUUGCUUGUCGAGACCGCCGCCCCACACCGCGCCUGUGAUCAUCGAAGACAUGUCGGCGACCCGCAGCACUGGCUUCGGUCCGACGCCUGCAACAAACAGCAUUAUCGACGCUUUCAAGAAAGCUCCGCAAAAAGAGCUCACAUCUGGAUCGUUCACAGAGAACACGGCCGCAGCCAGCAACAAGAACGAUCGCAACAAGGUCGUCUCCUUACUUAGACCCUCUUGCGUACAUCACCUUCUACAGCACCAAGCCUGCCAGGACUGUCCUGCACGCGCGGCAACCACUGCAUCCACGACAGUGCCGGCAGCGAGCACGAGAAGCAACGAGGCAACGCCGAAGGCAGCAGCUUCUACGUUGAAACCGAUCUUCGACGAGAACCGCCAAGCAACAACGACCACGCCAUGCCACAGGCAGAGUUCGGAAACAUGCAACCAACUGGAGAUAGGCCAUCGUCCCAACAGCACCUCCUCUCACAAACGCUCGAAGGUCGAAGAAGACACAUCAGAGGGCGGCUUGGCAUUAUCGGAAUCGCCUGCGGAUGCAAAGGCCAGGAAGUUUCGCUUCGCGUUUGCCCACCUGUUGGACACCUGGAAUUACCACGCGCAGGCUCCGGAAAAGAAAGCUUCCAUCGAGAAGAAGCAUGAAGGAACAGAAGAUCAGGUCGAAGGAGAGACAUCAGAAGCCCACUUGACCCUUGCAGAACCGCCUGCGGAUGUGAAGGCUCCGGAAACAAAAGCUUGCAUCGAGAAGGAGCAUCAAGGAACAGAAGAUCAGGCCACAGAACCACCUGCAGAUGUGAAGGCUCCGGAAGCGAAAGCUUGCAUCGAGAAGGAGCAUCAAGGAACAGAAGAUCAGGCCACACGAGAGGCCCCGAUGCCUUGUUUGGGGGAGCGAAUCAUGGUCAUCAAAGAGCCAUGGUUGCAACUCAUCCUCAACAAGCUGAAAACGAUGGAAAUUCGAUGCAGUCCCGCCGAACCGGGAAAGACAUGGCUGGCAUUCGACGGCCAAGUGUUCGGAGCGGCAUACAUCUCUAACUGCGUCCAGAUCACACGUGAGGAGUUUGAAGCCACCAGGGAGCAGCACCAACACUUGGGAGACAUGCCCCCCCACGCAAAGGUCUACGCGCUCACGCUGCAGAACAUCGUCCGACUGGAGUCGCCGGUCCCGCACUACCGGCCGCCAACGACAGCACCCUGGACGAUCUUUCGCACCGAGCCAGCCGAGAAGGCAAUCAGAGGGCCCAAAAGGAAGAGAGCCCUCCAGGCCUCACAAGAAGGGACUGCAGUCCUGCCGAUUCUGGGCAUGACCCUCCGCGAGACCCCGUCAGAACAAGAAGCAGGAAGUCCGACCUGCUCCGUCAUCUCAACGCCAGACAAAGAUGACGAGAAAGACGAGCCCACGGCCAAAAAGCAAGAUGCGAAGGACAAAGACAAGGAGAACGAGCACCAGGAGUUUUUCCCCUGCACUCAUGUUUCCAUGCUAAUUCCGAAACUGCUACAAGUACCCACAGGAACCAAAACCGUGGAACUGCGACCAAUGCGCUGUCCGAUGAGCCUGCUCAUGACGAAGAUCAGCUUGAUGGAAACAGGCACCAAGCUCAUCCGAGGGACAGCAUUGAUAGGCAGCUCGCGUCAUCUCACAAAAGACGAAAAGAACCGGUUCUCCAACAUCUUGCAGGAGCUCAACUACAACCCCAACAAGACCUACGCAUGGACCUUGCAGGAGGUGCAAGAACACUCCCAUCCCUUCCAGGCACGUGUCAAGAAGCCGGAGAAAACGCAAACAUGGCGAAGCGACUCCGUUGUAGACAAGCUUGACGGCAAAAAAACCGAAAAAGGGAAGAUCCGCCGCCAGAACAUGGCGCAACAUUUGCCGAAGAGCCCGACGGCCACACCGAGCCGCCAAAGCCCAAGAGGAGUGGAGCCACCAGUCAAAAUCGGAUCAGUCGUUGUGUCACUGCCCUCUGGCCGAAGCACAGACAUAGAGGUGUACCAUGGCACAACAGUACGAGCAUUGGCCAUGACAGCUUGGCGCCGACUAACCACAGUCCCUACCUUGUGCCCAGCCGAAGGGCAUUUCACGGUGGCAGAUUUCGAACUCAUGGGCAGAAGCCAGCCGAAUCUCGCCCUCGUGAGCAGCGACGGUGAACGCUUACAUCUCGACAGCGCCUUCUGGAACUUCGUCCGACCAGAAAUGACACUCACCUUGGUGCAAACAUCACGCCAGACGGCGCCAGAAGCGAGCGAGAAAACAAAUUCGACGACCGCAGAAGGGGACUAG